UGUGGGAGUGAUUAUAUCCUGAGUCCUUUACAGUUCAAUGUGCGGUCCCGUUCUCAGCAGUAGAGCAGGGCUGUCAUUGUGCUGCACACCUACAGGACAAGGUUCGACAAAAGUGGACACAAAGUUCGGACAAGAUGCAAAAAUCUGUGGCUUUGGUUUCUUUGCUGUUGUUGGGAUGGAUAGGGACCCUCCAAGGACUCCCUGUUCUCCCAGAUCCUCUUUACAGCACACAGGAGAACUUUGAUCUGAGCAAGUUUUUGGGAACAUGGUACGAUGUUGCAAAGGCGAGUAGAUCUCCAUACAUGCAGCGCUACAGCGGAGAACGGGCCAUUGGCAAGCUGGUGCUGCGGAAAGGCAGUACAGAUGAAAAGCUCAAAAUGACCCGAACUGUUCUCAGACGGGGAACAUGUCUAGAGAAAACUGGGGAUUAUGAGAUGACCUCCACACCAGGACGAUUUUUCUACCAUGUUGCAAAGUGGGGAGCCGAUGUGGAUGCUUAUGUUGUUCACACCAACUACAACGAGUACGCCAUUGUGAUUAUGAGCAAGCAGAAAUCAACAGGAGACAAGAGCAUCUCACUCAAGCUUUACAGUCGGACAAAGUCUGUGAGACCAACAAUCCUGGAGGACUUUAAAACUCUGGCCAGAGAGCAAGGAAUGGGUGACGACGCCAUUUACAUUAGAAAGGACAAAGGCGACUGUGUUCCUGGAGAGAUGGUGGCCGAGCCGACGCCUCAGCCUGAGCCUAAGCGGGUGAGGAGAAAUAUUGUCUCUUCUUUGACUUUUGACGACACAGAGGGCUCUGGUAUCGGCUCUGGUAUCGAAGCACCACUGUUCAAUGGAACCAUGGCAUGCAACGCCUCUCCGGACACCGGACCGUGUUUCGGGUUGUUUAAUCGCUACUUCUACAACUCUUCCUCAAUGAGUUGCGAGCUCUUCCAGUAUGGCGGCUGUUUAGGCAAUCAGAACAACUUUGUGACAGAGAGAGAGUGUCUGCAGAGAUGCCGCACAGAGGCUGUGUGCCGUCUUCCCAUGGCUCCUCAGCCCUGCACGGGUCAACCAGCUAUCUGGGUCUUCGACCCAUCCACUGGACUGUGCGUGCCCUACAAACAGGGCUUCUGUCAGCCCAAUGCUAACAAGUUCUACACUAAGGCAGAGUGUGAAGAGUACUGCGGGGUGAUGAAAGACGAUGGCCUGCUGAUGUCAAACUGAGCAACUAAGGAAGCGCUGCUGCUCUUCAGAUCUCUUUUCACAGAGACGAAUCAUGAAUCAGAAUCAAACAAGGUGCACAACAAAAGUACAUCUUAGCAAAUCAGCUCUGAUGUCAAAUCAUGUCAAGCUGUCAAUAAAAAGUCAAUACUUUG